UUCACUUACAAAUGGACUGAUGCCAUAUUCAUAGUAGCCAACUUGGAAGCCACGAAAUCAAAGCAAAGUCAUGGAAAUGGUCAAACACUGCCUUUAAAGCAAGCCAAAACAGUUGGGGAUGGAAUAUUUGGGCGUUCUCAGAAAUGCUCUCAGUUUAUUUACAGCAAACUUGCCUCAAAUUAUCUUAUGCUACUUAAAAGCACUCAGCUUGAUCGGCUUAAUUCGAUUAAUGUUUGGUCAGCAGGAAGUGUCACAUCAAACAACGAUCUCAUUGGUGCUUGCAUACCAAGGAUAGCAUGUGAUUUUGAGAGAUUAGCCCCCAGCCAGUCCUUCCUCCAACACGUAGGAGUGGAACAACUUCAGCUCUUACUGCAAAGUCCUUGGAUAAGUGAUGGAAAUGAAGUAACGAAAUUCAAGGCACUCUGCACAUGGAUGAAUGCCUCGUCUUUGAAUUGCGAAUGCACUAAACGCGAAAAGAACUUCGAUCGUCUCUUAGAGUUGAUCAAUACGAAAAAAUUGCAGAGAGAUUUUGUAAUUGAAACGCUAGUAAAUGGAUCGGAUUUCAACUUAUCUGAAAAUGCAAGAACAAAAAUGCUUGUUGGUGUUCAUGGUCGUAUGGCCGAUUCAAGAUGUGGUGUUUUGGACACAUUUCCUAAAUUAAAUGGCAGUGUUUAUACUCUGGGUGGCAAAAAAAGGCUUGGAGAAAGUAUAUCAAGAGUGGAAAGAAUCAAUCCACAGAAUGGUGAAGUGACCGUACUCCAACCAAUGAUUGAGGAGAGAUCGGGUCAUUCUGCAGUGGCUCGAGAUCAUGCAAUUCUUGUCUUCGGUGGAUAUAAUAAUCGACGUGGAGCAAUUUUAGACUCUUGUGAAGAAUUCCAACCUGCAUUCAAUACGUGGGUGGAACUGUCCCCAAUGCCAACACCUAGGUAUGGCACAGGAGCAGCACAUAUCCCCGGUGUUGGUGACAUAGUUGUUGGUGGGUGUGGUAAAAUUAGAACUUUAACACAGAGUGUCGACAAAGCUGAAAUAUUUUUGACACCUUCAUCGCCUCUUGGACAUGCAGGCAGUUGGUGUGAAAUCGCUCCAAUGCUUCAUUCGAGGGCUUAUCCAAAAGCAGAAUUUUUCAAUGGAAACGUGUACGUCGCUGGUGAUUUUGAGGGUUCAACUUUUUCUGUGGAGAUGUUGUCCUUAUUUUCUAAUGGACCUCCCCAGUGGACCGAAGUAAUCAACGCCUCCUUUAGACCAGUUUCGAUGAUCUCUUUUAAUGGGAGUCUUUUGUUUGCUUGUGAGUCAAAUUUUAAUUUUUUUCUUAAUUUUAUGUCUUUAUCAUUAUUAUCUGCUAUCAUUCGGAUUGCUACGCUAGUAAAGCCUGACCGAAAUCUCUAUGGCAGAUUCUCCAACACCUAG